CGUGCGCAGCCCGGAGUCCAUCGUGCUAUUAGGGAAGGGAGAAUGUGACUAAGGAUCGGCGUUUGCCCCUAUCUAACGGUGUCUGAGGUUCGAUCCUGCAAACCCUUACUUCUCUUUCUUCUGUUGGUGCCGUCUCUGUACGUGCUUCCAAUUGUUUCGGUCUUUCGCCGGAGCUCCUGUUCAUCGCAGUCGUCUACUACUAAUGUUCUUUUUCUGCGACCGAUGAGAGUCCCCAGACUCUGCGUUGUUGUACACUUUCUGCUGAUCCGAUUUGAGCUGUUCAUGCUGCGGGUUGUGUUUCUAUAUUGUUUGUCGCUUGAUGAUCUAAAUUGUGAACGGGAGCCAUCGCUUAGUCUCGUUUCUCUCUAAUCUUUUUUAUCCUCCAAUACCGCCAAAUUGAUCUCUUUGCGAAGAGUAAGAUAUCUUUGGUUCUGAACACACCGUUGCAGAGACCACAAAACGAAGAUCAUUCUAUUGCAAAAUGACGACAAUGCUCCUUUUUGUUGAUGUUGCAGAGAUCUACCUGGUUGUAAAAAUACUGUUGAUGAAAUAGGUCUUCGUAUUUGGAAAAGCAAUGUAUUUCUAACAGCCCAGAAGUUCCAAAAGGUUAGUAGCUUGAAGUAUUUGGAAAUCAAAAUAUUGGAUUGACGGUCUUUUAAUUGCUUUUCUUGUUUCCGGUUGAGAAUUUUCUUUGCAACUGUGAAAGCUUGCCUCUGUUUGAAAGAUCCUUAUGCGGCCUAGAGAGAUCUCUUAUGCGACUUACAAAAUUUUGGAUUGGUUUAUCUUUCAAAAGCUCUGUAAGAAUUUCCCUCUCUUUCUCUCUUCUUGUACCUGCACAUGUGAUGUGGGUUUCUUCUAGUUUGUGCAGUAGGUCAUUUCUAGAGUCCUAGACAGUGAAUUUGUCAGCAGAUUGGCUUCCGACAUUGAGCAGAAAAAGUUCACAAACGAAUUGUCUCUGUAAUAUGCCGGUGUUUGUUCUAGCCUUGUAUGCCGCAGAUCAGUUUUAGAGAGUGAAUUUGUUCAGAGAUCAUCUGUAGACAGUGAAUAGAAUAAGUGCGUACCAAUAUAUCAAGCAAUAAGUUUAAGAUUGCAAGUAGCCAAUUCAAAUAAACGUAAUGAAACUAUCUUCUGUUCGUACUGUGGCCAAAAGAAAUAAGCCCAAAUUUCUCUUGCUACUUAUCAGCACCAUUGUCAUCUCAACAUCCACUGUAGAGAUAUAUCUUCAUUGUCAAAAAAUAUCUUACUUGUUACGCCCUUUCUGGGACAGUCCUCCUCGGCCCUUCAACUACAUUCCUCAUUACUAUGCUGAGAAUGUAUCAAUAACUGAGUUAUGCUAUCUCCAUGGCUGGAGUGCUCGCUCUGAUCCUCGUCGUGUGUUUGAUGCUGUUAUCUUCAGUAAUGAACUUGACUUGCUUGAGAUCCGCAUGCAAGAAUUGCUGCCACUGGUGACAAAAUUUGUGAUACUUGAGUCAAAUGUCACCUUCACUGGUUUACCUAAGCCUCUUUUCUUUAAUCAAAACCGUGCUCGUUUCAACUUUAUUGAGUCUAAUGUGAUCUAUGGCACAUUCGUCAAUCAUGAAAUGCCAAGUAGAAGUCCAUUUGAAACUGAAGCCUUGCAUCGUGCGUCUGUCAAUGUGCUCUUGAGGCGCUCUGGUAUAUUACCUGGAGACCUGCUCAUUAUGUCAGAUGCAGAUGAAAUCCCCAGCUUUCACACCAUCAAUUUGCUUAGAUGGUGUGAUGGCAUACCACCGGUUGUCCACCUUGAGUUAAGGAACUAUCUCUAUUCAUUUGAAUUUCCUGUAGAUUCAAACAGCUGGAGAGCUUCUGUUCAUGUCUACCAUGAACGAACACGUUACCGGCACUCUCGACAAUCAGAUGCACUUUUUGCGGAUUCUGGUUGGCACUGUAGUUUCUGUUUUCGUCAUAUCAAUGAUUUUGUGUUAAAGAUGAAUGGGUACAGCCAUGCCGAUCGUGUUAAGUAUUCACACUACUUGAAUUAUGAGAGGAUACAGAAAAUCAUUUGUGAGGGGAAUGAUCUGUUUGAUAUGAUCCCUGAAGAGUAUUCUUUCAGGGAGCUGAUUAAGAAGUUGGGUCCAGUGCCAAGAUCGUUUUCUGCUGUUAAUCUUCCUUCCUAUCUGAUAAAGAAUGCUGUCAGAUUCAGGUUCCUUUUACCAGGCAGCUGCUUACGUUCCACUGGUGGUAAUAUCAGUUAAUAGCCACCCAAUUUUUUGGGAAAGUUGGAUUUAAAUACGAAGACCGGACAUGUAUAUUCUCAAGCUUAUAUUCUUCUUAGGCAUGGUACUGAAAAAGGUAAUGAACUCAGGAACAAUGGCGUUAUGAAGUUCAGUCUUCCAACAAUAUUUUAGUUGGCAGGCCUAUGCUUUUACAAGUGAAUGCUGUGGGGUCUGCAGCUUGUAGCGUUGCAGGUCAGUCAAAGGGCUUGAAUGCAUGAGAUAGCAAAUGGCUUUGGAAUGAAGGCUAUUUUCUGGCAGCAUCUCCCUUUCUGGAAGUUUUGUAGCUACUUAAGUGACCUGCGGUGUGCAUGAACAAUUCUGAAGCCCUGUUUUCUGGCUGUAGAUCAGGAUCAUGAGAGGUUGCUUCACGAUCGUGUAGAUUGGCUUUCUUUUGUUGGGAAAGUAUAUCGUCAAAAAAUGAAAUAUACUGUUUGUAACUGGCAUGUAAAUGUUGAACAUCGUUUUCUUUUGGCAUAAGCUUGUGGAUCCUUAGAACUGAAGAAAUUGAAAUUCAGGAGAUGCGGCUUGGGGUGAUGAAUCUUGUCAAAAUAAUGAGUUUGGUUUGUUAAAAAAUCUCUAUCACGUCAUGUACCCUCUCUUAGUGAGAAUGCCACAGUUUUGUGUCCGAACUGCUUAUCAAGUUUUGGCUUCAGCUUAUUUGAAAACUUAUUGGUAAA